AUGGACGCAACUGUGGAUAAUCUGGCUAAAUAUAUCGUAGAGGAGCGAUUCUCGCGCACGCCCAGCGACGUCCGCCUUCUCGUCGGCAUAAGCGGGAUACCGGCGUCGGGCAAGUCAACCUUGGCUAUACUUCUCGUACGCAAAAUAGAGAAGCUCCUCUUAAUGAGAGGCUCGGAGGCCAGGUGUAUACUAGUGGGAUUGGACGGUUGGCACUUGACGCGCGCCGAGCUGGAUGCCAUGGAUGAUCCCAAGCUGGCGCACGAUAGGCGAGGUAUCCAUUGGACAUUCAAUGCUCAGGGAUACGUAUCCUUCGUCGAGGAGCUUCGAACGCCGAUAUCCCAGCUGCCGACCGACAUGCCAGACAUCACUGCACCUUCCUUCGAUCACGCGUUGAAGGACCCGUCUCCUCAUGCGAUCCGAAUCACCCCACAGCAUCGCAUCGUCAUCAUCGAGGGGCUAUACACUUUCCUCUCAAUCGAGCCCUGGUGCCAUGCCGGAUCUCUGCUCGACGAGCGAUGGUACAUCGAGCUAGACCCUAUAGAGGCUGCAAAACGCCUCGUGAAACGUCAUGUGGAGACUGGGGUAGCGAGAGACCUCACAGAGGCUCAGUGGAGGUCUGACGCGAAUGACAUGCCCAAUGGACGAUUCAUCAUCGAACACAUGUUGUCGCCAACUCGCACCAUCCCAAGCGUUGAUGACAAGCCCUUUGUGCUGAAACAAGCAGCAGAGUCUUGGAUUACAUGA